CUCGCGCUCGGCUGUGUACUGGACGCGCGCGCGGAGCGAAGAAAGAAAGAAAGGAGGAAAGAAGGAGUGGGAGCUGCGCGAGGACGCCCUGUUCACGGGCUGCGCUUGUUUGGACGCGCGCGCGGGAGCUUCUCCGGUGUUUUGGAUACUUUUUGAGGGCGCGAGGGCUGGAAGUUGAAGUUGAAGUUGGAGGUUGGGGUAAGAGUGAGUGUGAGUGAGUGAGUGUGUGAGUGUGUGUGUGUGAGUGAGUGUGUGUGUGUGCGUGCGCGCGCGCGCUGGUGAUCGAGUGCAGAGGGGCGCCUGGCUCGUGAGCCCCGGAUUGACCCGCCUCACCGGAGCGGCGCGAGGACACGGAGAAUAAAAAAAAAAAUCAGAAAACAAACAAACAAACAAACAAAGGCGCACGCGGAGUUUACCGUUUCCUGUGCAGGGAGCGCGAGCUUCACCGAUGAGGACGGCGGGGCGCGAGGAGCUCCGGCCCAGCUGACAGCGCGCGGACGGCUCUGGGAUCAUAUAAACAAACAAACAAACAAACAAACAAGUAAACAGACUGAGCUGGAGUUGGAGAUGGAGCCGUGGAGCGUGUUUACUCUGCUCUGCUGCCUCUCACUGACCACACUGACCGCUGCGGAGGAGGAGGUGGUGAUGAACACGAAGAUGGAGACAUCUGACCUCAGAUGGACAACCUACCCCAGCACUGAUCCUGAGUGGGAGGAGAUGAGUGGUCUGGACGAGGAAGGGAACAGCGUGAGGACGUUUCAGGCGUGUCCGAUGGACGGCAGCGUGAGUCACUGGCUGCGCACCCGUUUAAUCCCGCGGCGCUCGGCGUCCGUCGUGUACGUGGAGAUCCGCUUUACGGUGAUGGAGUGCAGCUACUUGCACACCAACACGCGCACCUGCAAAGAAACCUUCAACCUGUACUACUACCAGAGCGACGAGGACAUGGCCACCAGCACCCACCCCGCCUGGAUGGAGAACCCCUACACUAAGGUGGACACAGUGGCGGCCGACUUCCUGCUGCGGCGUGGUGGAGAGAGGAAGUCUAAUGUAAAGACCCUGCGGGUGGGCCCCAUCUCGAAGAGGGGCUUCUACCUGGCCUUCCAGGCUCAGGGGGUGUGUAUGGCGCUGCUGUCCGUCAAGGUGUACUUCAAAAAGUGCCCCGCCCUCACGCACACCUUCUCCAGCUUCCCCGAGACCGUACCGCACUCACUGGUGCAGCAGGCCAAUGGCGUGUGCGUGCCCAACUCCGCCCCCUCUGGCCUGGUGCCCCGCCCUCCCACCAUGCUGUGUGGAGAAGACGGGCAGUGGGUGGGGCCUCCGUCCACUUCCUGUGUGUGUAAGGCUGGAUAUGAACCGGUGGACACUGACCGCUGCAGAGCAUGUGGUGCUGGUCAGUAUAAGUCCUCUAUGGGGCCGAGUGUGUGUCGUGUGUGUCCGAUGAACAGUAACACACACUCUGUGGGGGCGGUCUCCUGUUCCUGUCGUCCCGGAUACUACAGAGCACCAACCGACCCUCCGGACACUGCCUGCAGCAAGCCCCCAUCGGCGCCGCGGAACAUCGUCCCUCAGGUGAACGACACGAUGGUCACUCUGGAGUGGAGCGAGCCGCUGGACCGCGGCGAGCGCGCUGACCUGUCGUACGCGGUGGAGUGUGUGCGGUGCGGGUCUGGCCGCGUGUGCGUGCCCUGCGCGGAGAGCGUGAGCUACCGGCCGGCGCAGUCGGGGCUGACGGCCCGCAGGGUGGUCAUCCACGGCCUGCGCCCCCACACCCAGUACACCUUCACCAUCAUCGCCAUCAAUGGGGUCACUGACACCAGCAACACCCCCCCAGCAACAUCUGCCAUCAACAUCACCACCAGCACUGACGUCCCUGUUCCAGUAUCAGGUAUCAGGAGAACGAAAGCCUCUGAGGCGAGUCUGACUCUGAGCUGGCCUGUCCCGGCCCAGCCCCACUACACCAUCCUGGAUUACGAGAUCAGAUACUGUUUACAGGGGGAGGACGAGGUGUGGCAGUAUAUCAGUAGUAAGGUGAACUCUGUGGUCCUGAAUGAUCUGUCCCGGGCCUCUCAGUACCGGGUUCAGGUCAGAGCCAGAACCAGAGCGGGAUACGGACACUUCAGCAACACAGCUACAUUCAGCACUCUGCCCGACGGGAUGGAGUCUCACACCCGGCUCAUAGUGACAGGCGUGCUGGUUGGUGCCGGGCUGCUCAUCCUCAUCACCGUGGUGGCUGUGGCCGUGUUCUGCUUCCGGAAGCACAGUAGACUGAGGGAUUCUGAGCUGGAUAAGAGUGGACAGUAUCUCAUGAGCCAAGGUGUUAAGGUGUACAUCGAUCCGUUUACAUACGAAGAUCCGAACGAAGCGGUGCGGGAGUUCGCUAAGGAGAUCGACGUUUCCUUCGUCAAGAUAGAGGAGGUCAUCGGAGCAGGUGAGUUUGGUGAGGUGUGCCGUGGCCGGUUGCGAAUCCCCGGUAAGAAGGAGAACUACGUCGCCAUAAAGACUCUGAAGGGCGGAUACACGGAUAAACAGAGGCGGGACUUCCUGUCUGAGGCAUCAAUCAUGGGUCAGUUCCAGCACCCCAACAUCAUCCACCUGGAAGGGGUGAUCACUGCGUCCUGCCCGGCCAUGAUCCUCACCGAGUACAUGGAGAACGGAGCGCUGGACUCCUUCCUCAGGCUGAACGAUGGUCAGUUCACUCCGAUCCAGCUGGUGGGGAUGCUGAGGGGGAUAGCGAGUGGUAUGAAGUAUCUGGCCGAGAUGAGUUACGUCCACCGUGACCUCGCGGCGCGGAACAUUCUGGUGAACAGUAACCUGGUGUGUAAGGUGUCCGAUUUCGGCCUUUCCAGGUUUCUAACUGAGAAUUCAUCAGACCCCACGUACACCAGCUCACUGGGUGGAAAGAUUCCGAUCCGGUGGACGGCUCCGGAAGCGAUCGCCUUCCGAAAGUUCACCUCCGCCUCCGACGUCUGGAGCUACGGCAUCGUGAUGUGGGAGGUGAUGUCGUUCGGAGAGCGGCCGUACUGGGACAUGAGCAACCAGGACGUAAUUAAUGCCAUAGAGCAGGAUUACCGCCUGCCCCCGCCCCCUGAGUGCCCCGCCCCCCUACACCAGCUCAUGUUGGACUGUUGGCAGCGGGACCGCAGCUCACGCCCUCGCUUCUCACACAUCGUUUCUGCCCUAGACAAGCUGAUCCGAAACCCCGCCUCCCUUAAACUCACUGGCCAAUCACAUGAUGGGCUCUCCCCCCCGUUGCUGGACCAGCGUCCCCCUCCUCCUCUCUCUCAGUGUGGCUCGGUGGGCGAGUGGCUGAGGCUCAUUAAGAUGGAGAGAUAUGAAGAGAACUUCAUUCAGGCUGGUUUCACCAGCUUCGAGCUCGUAGCUCAGAUCUCCACCGAGGAUCUGUUGCGAAUCGGUGUGACUCUGGCUGGUCAUCAGAAGAAGAUUCUGUCCAGCAUCCAGACGAUGAGAGUUCAGAGCAAAAACUCACUCAGAUACUGACCACACACACACACACUCUGACACACACUGACACACACACACACUCAAACACACACACACACGCACGCACACACACAAACACACACACACACGCACACACACACACACACACACACACACACACCAACACUCACAAACACACAAACGACUGGAAAAAACCUGCCCAGCUUUACUUGCACUUCCGGUUCCAGUCCAGCACCCACAGCAGCCAAUCAGAAUCCACCUGAAAGGGAUGACAUCAUAGCCAUCACCAGCAUCAGCAGCCUACUGUGUCCUCAACCAAUCACCUCCCAGUGUCCUCGUGGGGGGAUUAUCUUAAGGAGAUGACAUCAUCACUGCAUCAUAGUGCCUUCUUGCAUUAACUGACCAAUCACUGCCCUCCAUACCGUGGAGCCAGAACCUGAUUGGCUCACAGUCCAGCCAGUCACGUUCGAGGAGAUACAGAAAUGAGAGAGACGGUCAGAAAGGACGGAAAGAAUGAAAUAGAAACUACAAAGACAAUGUGGAGACGAUGUUGAGGCGAUGCGGAGACGACAUGCAGACGACGGCGAGACGUCGUGGAGACAAAAUGGAAACGGCGUGGAGACGACGUGGAGACGGCGUGGAGACGGCGUGGAGACGGCAUGGAGACGGCGUGGGGACGACGUGGAGACGACGUGGAGACGACGUGGAUAAACGCAAACUCUGACCUUUUUAGUGAUGUUUUUCUUUUUUUAGCUUCUCGGUUUUAAUCCAUCUCUCAUGUGUAUGACGGACAGAUCUACACCUCCCUCAGGAUCCCUCCAUCCCAGAGAACACACAGCACUUUCAGGCCCCGCACACUCUGCUGCGUGUGAGGGCAUGGAGAGAGCGAGGGAUGACAAAAGAGAGAAGAUGGACUGAAUUUCUGAACAGCUGCGUUCGCUUCCGUUCCUUCAGGGUUCAAAUUAAAGGUGGAUUCACCUUCAUGAAUAUGCAUACAUCGUAAAAAUGGGGCGCGGCCUUGACAGCGGUCACCACGGUAUAUUUGUGACUAUGGACACGACGGGGGCGUGGCUUAUGGAUUUGGACCAAUCCAGACGUAACCCGCUCCCCACAGAGACGACCGAUAGCCUUUCACCAUCACCAGCCUUGACCUUGCCUUGACCUUUGACCCCGAGUGGUUGCCAUGGCAGAUAUUUGCCUGUUUGAAUUCUGGGAGUUUAAGCAGGGUCUUCAUAUUGAAGGUCCGUUUAUAAUUAUAAUAACUAUUCUAAUAAGCCAAGGAUAUGUUUUUUUUUUUUCUAAUUGUAGUUUUGAUUUUUUUUGUAUGAAUUGAAAAAAGAAAAAAAAAACUGAAUUUAUAUUUGAGGAAAUGAAUAAACGUUGGGAGAUUUGACUGCAGCUGUCAGUCAAAGUGGGUGUGUCUCUGACCAAUCACAAUAAAGACUGUCAAUGAUGUCCCUCCCA